CCUCCACGCCGCGGCAGGAGCGUCUGUUGAGCUGCUGGAGACAGCGUCAUCUCCCUUUGUGCACCCACCUGUGCUGGAGAGCGGCGCCCGAUGGAGCACAUCCACGCAUCUUGCGUGGAAUAACAUUUGACUUCAUCCUCGUUGCGAAUAUUUUGUUGUUGUUUCGAUCCUCCUCCUCCUCCUCAUCAUCGGCACCGUCGGGGCAUGUAAAGUUUGGAUGAUGCCCCCGCUCAGCAUCCGGGAUUGCAAAUAAACCGAUCAUCUCCUAGAAGUGGCCAAAAUAUGGACUAAUUUAAAAAAAAAAAACCUACAUUCACCAUGGGAUUGUUACAGCUUCUUCUGGUUGUGUGCUUUUUUGGCUCAGUGCAAGGUUUCGGGGUGGACCCAGCUCUGCGCAUCAGUGUGUUUGAUGAACUACUAAUGCCUGGACAUGGAUUUGAUGGAGUUACUCAGGUCCAAGGCUUCCACAGGGAGUCCAGAGCGUUCCACUUCCAAGGCUCCUCCAGGGAAGUAAAAGCUCCGGACGAGGUCUCGGAGCAAAUUGUCCAGAAGCUGAGAGGCAAGAAAGAGUUCACUGUGCUGGUGACCCUCAAACAAGAGCACCUCAACUCAGGGGUCAUCCUCUCCAUCCAUCAGUCGGAGAACAGGUUCCUGGAGCUGGAGAGCAGCGGGCAGCGUAGCGAGGUGCGUCUUCACUACCGGACCAAAGGACAGCAGCCCCAUACUGAGGUGUUCCCCUACAGCCUGGCUGACGACCAGUGGCACAAAGUGUCUGUCGCCGUCAGCGCCUCUCAUGUCAUCCUGCACGUCGACUGCAACAGGAUCUACGAGCGGGUGGUGGAAGCCCCCUUCAUGGACAUACCCAAGGACGCCUCCUUCUGGCUUGGACAGAGGAACACUGCUCAUGGGUUUUUCAAGGGGGUGAUGCAGGACGUGGAAAUUGUGGUGAUGCCGCAAGGAUACGUCUCUCAGUGUCCAGAUCUCAACAGAACAUGCCCGACUUGCAACGAUUUCCACGGACUGGUGCAGAAAAUCAUGGAGCUGCAAGACAUCCUUGCUAAAACCUCCAGUAAGCUGUCCAGGGCGGAGGAGAAGAUGAAUGGGCUGGACGGCUGCUACUGUGAGAGGACCUGCAGCGUCAAUGGGGUGGUCUACAGAGAGGACGAGGGUUGGACAGAUGGUUGCAGGAACUGCACGUGCAUGAACGGAACGGUGCAAUGCGAGGCCAUCUCUUGCCCACCUGCUCAGUGCCCGGCGGGGACGUUGCCGGCCUACGUGAAGGGCGCCUGUUGCAAGGAGUGUCAGCCUGUCUGCCUGUUUGGCGGAAGGGAGCUGGUGGAAGGGGAUCACAAGGCCGUGCGCGACUCCUCCAGAAGGUGUCUGCUGUUUGAGUGCAAGGACAGGACAAUGCAUCGAGUGGUCCCCAGCGAGCCGUGUCCUGAGCUGAGGUGUCCAGAGUCCGAGCAGGUCACUUUGAGUGACCGAUGCUGUAAAGUCUGCAGAGGUCAUGACUUCUGUGCCGAGGGCCACGGCUGCGUGGAGCACUCGGACUGUGUUAACCUGGAAGCCGGAGACUGCUGUGUUUGCAAGGAUGGUUUCCGUCCUCUGAGAGACGACAACGCCUACUGCCAAGAUAUCGAUGAGUGCGCAGAGGGGAAGCACUACUGCAGGGAGAACACCAUGUGUGUUAACACCCCCGGCUCCUUCAUGUGCAUCUGCCAUACAGGCUACAUCCGGAUCGAUGACUACUCCUGCACAGAGCACGACGAGUGCCUGAGCGGACUUCAUGACUGCGACGAGAAUGCCUUGUGCUUCAACAUGGUCGGAGGACACAGCUGCUCUUGCAAGCCGGGCUACACCGGCAACGGAACCGUGUGCAAAGCCAUGUGCGACGGCUUGUGCCAGAACGGCGGGACGUGCCUGUCGCCCAACAACUGCGCCUGCCCGCAAGGAUUCACUGGGAAGAGAUGUGAGACAGACAUCGACGAGUGUGCCGACGGCUUUGUGGAGUGUGACAGUAAAUCCACUUGUGUCAACUUGCCCGGGUGGUACCACUGCGAGUGCCGCGAAGGCUACCAUGACAACGGCUUGUUUUCUGCCAAUGGAGAGUCGUGUGUAGAUAUCAAUGAGUGCAAGACGGGCGGGAACACCUGCGCCAACGACACCAUCUGCUUCAACCUGGAGGGAGGCUACGACUGCCGCUGCCCCCACGGACACAACUGCACCGGCGACUGUAUCCAUGACAACAAGGUCAAGCACAGCGGACAGGUGUGGGUGCUGGACAGUGACCGCUGCUCCGUGUGCUCGUGCCAGGCCGGCCAAGUGAUGUGUCGCAGGAUGGUGUGCGACUGCGACAACCCCAGCGCCGACCUCUUCUGCUGCCCCGAGUGCGACCCUCGGCUGAGCAGCCAGUGUCUGCACCAGAACGGCGCUCUGACCUAUGGCAGCGGCGACACGUGGGUGGAGAACUGUCAGCAGUGCCAGUGUCUGCAGGGGCAGGUGGACUGCUGGCCACUGCCGUGCCCUCCCGGCGACUGCGAGUUCACGGUGGUGCCCGACGGCGAGUGCUGCCCCCGAUGCGUCAGCGACCCCUGCCUGGCGGACACCAUCCGCAACGACAUCACCAAGACGUGCACGGACGAGCACGACAUCUCGCGCUUCAGCGGCUCCUCCUGGAUCAAACACGGCACCGAGUGCACCCUCUGCCAGUGCAAGAACGGACACAUCUGUUGCUCAGUGGACCCCAUGUGCCUUUAGUGGCGGCACCUGUACAGCAUUCUCCUCCAUGUAAAAUACAACCAGAAGAAAAAUAAACACCACCUCCAUGGCCGCCCUCGAAUAACGUCUCCUCACUGAUCUCGACAGGAAUGUUUCCGCCGCAUGGAGGCGCCCUCAUCUUCCUAUUAUCAUCAUGAGGAACCACAUUAUUAUUGUAAAUGCCAGCAGGAUUGGUCCCAUUCCUAAAAACACUACGAGUGUUUCUUGGUCUUUCUACCCAACAUGAUGAUGAUGGACUUCACCCUUUGUUCACCCGCCCCACAUGACCUUGUAACAUACAAAUAUUAACUGGCAUGACUGUGCUUGAUGUCCAAACUUUGUUUGAUUUUCUUUGCUCAUUUAUUCAAUUGUGAAAGAUGAUACUGUUGAUACUUUUACCUUUUAGACUGUGCAGAGACCAGUUAGCGUUCUUUUGCCACACUUACCAGUCGUCAGUAUUAGUGGUGCUUGGUAGCUUUUUAUUGCACUUUUCCCCCCAACUUUUGUUUCUUUACGAGCUUGUUAUUGUGUAAUAGUGAAAUAAAGUAUUUCCAUUUACAUGUAA